UCGUAUGCGAUCCAUAAUUGAUUGGAUUGAACAACAACCAGAUAAAUCAUUGAUUACUACAAGUAUUGUGUACAAUGGCGAAAAUUUUGGAAUAACUAAUGUGUCAAAAUUUCAAAAGUAUAAUUUAAUAGAUUUUGGUGAUGGAACUCCUACAAAACAGAGACGCAAUCGAGAAUUUGUACUUAAUGGGUUUUAUAUAGUACAAAGUACUGAGGCCGAUGAUGGAAUAGAAGUUUACUUUAGUUUACAAACGGAAAAAUUGAAAAUCUUGGAGCAGGAUCCUGAAUUUAAGAAAUUUACUUUUUCAUAA